CAGCAAGAUGGCCGCUGCAGCUUCACUUGCACAUGUGCCCAUGCGCGCUGCUGCCGAGUCACGUGUGUAGUACUCACGUGAACGCGCGCUGCGGGGUUUAGGGAAGUUAGCAGGGCUCGAACCAUCCAGAAAAACAAGCGAUAGUCACGCACUGGAUUCGCCGUGUCAGUGUAUUUCAGGUGUCAUCAUGCCAAGACGGAUGUUAAUACCUCACAAGUCUGUUUUCUCUUACUCCCGGCCCCCAAAGUGGCUGAAUGGUCCCAGUACUAUGAACUCGGCUGGAUGUGGUUACCGGGUGUUUUCUGCUAACUCCAGCGCUACCUGUGUGGAACUGGCCAAGAGGAUCACAGAGCGGUUGGGGGUAGAACUAGGAAAAGCAGUUGUCUACCAGGAGACCAAUGGAGAAACCAGAGUGGAAAUUAAGGAAUCUGUUCGUGGACAGGAUAUAUUUAUUAUACAGACGAUCCCAAGGGACGUAAACACAGCAGUUAUGGAGCUAUUGAUCAUGACCUAUGCCCUAAAGACAUCCUGUGCCAAGAACAUCAUUGGGGUCAUUCCAUAUUUCCCUUACAGCAAACAAAGCAAAAUGCGCAAGAGAGGGUCUAUUGUAUGCAAACUACUGGCGUCCAUGCUGUCCAAUGCUGGACUCACGCACAUCAUCACAAUGGAUCUACAUCAAAAAGAAAUCCAGGGCUUCUUUAAUUUUCCUGUGGACAAUCUCCGAGCAUCCCCAUUUCUGCUACAGUAUAUACAAGAGGAGAUACAAGAUUACAGAAACGCAGUGAUUGUUGCAAAGUCUCCUGAUGCCGCAAAGAGGGCACAGUCCUAUGCUGAGCGAUUGCGCCUGGGACUUGCUGUGAUCCAUGGAGAACCACAGUGUUCAGAGCACGAUAUGGCCGAUGGUCGUCACUCCCCUCCUCCCAGUAUACAGAACACUACAAUCCACACAGGGCUGGGAAUUCCCUGCAAACGACAGCCCCUGUAUCCAGGCAUUGAACUGCCAAUGAUGAUGGCCAAGGAAAAGCCACCCAUCAGCGUGGUAGGAGAUGUGGGGGGACGGAUUGCUAUCAUAGUGGAUGACAUCAUUGAUGAGGUUGAGAGCUUUGUGGCAGCAGCAGAGAUUCUUAAGGAGCGAGGAGCUUACAAGAUCUUUGUCAUGGCAACACAUGGUAUUCUGUCUGCAGAUGCCCCUAACCUCAUAGCAGACUCUUCAAUUGAUGAGGUUGUUGUAACAAACACCGUUCCACAUGAGUUGCAGAAGUUACAGUGUUUGAAGAUCAAGACAGUGGACAUCAGUCUAAUUCUGGCAGAGGCAAUACGCCGGAUCCACAAUGGGGAAUCCAUGUCCUAUCUCUUCCGCAACAUUGCGAUGGAUGAUUGAAGGACCUUUAACCACCUUUAUCAGUAAAGAGAUGGACAUAUGAAAGUCCUAACUGGAUGGCGCUGCAUGUUCGGAAAGGGGUAGACGUUAAUUGGAAUGUCCCGUCCUCUAUUGCAACUGCCACUUUACUGUUGGGCUUAAGGGAAGCACUGCAUUUAUUAUCACCUCUGUGAGAACAGAUUAAGCAUGACUGGAAACAACUUGUAGCAUGAACUGUAACAUCCCCAUAGUUCCAUCAAGAACUGGAUUACUUAACCUUCUGUUGGAAGGAUCCAGAUUCUCCACCCAACAGAAUUGAAGUGUUAAAGACUUUGUCCCACUACACACAAACCGUAUUAAUCUACUUGCUACAGUAAGAGGCAGAAAGCAUUUCUGGGCAAUACAGACCAUUUAUAAAAACUGAGGGUACUUUUAUAUAGACAGAUACACAGCAUAACAAUGCUUAAUAACAUCACAACUACAGCUAGCAUGUACAAAGAUAGAGAUAUAACUGCAUAUGUGUGUGUAUUUUUUAUAUAUAUAUAUAUAUAUAUAUAUAUAUAUAUAAAAAACCACACACCUACAUUUGUACACGUGGUCAUGCACAUGCUAAGAUAAACACAUACUAGCUUGUAUAUGUGCAGUAUAUAAUCUCAAGUUUAUGAAUAACUGCUUUCAUUCACAAACGUGCAUGGGUUUUGUAUUAAAAACAAAACCUAGUUAAAUGUAAAUACACAAGUUUAUAUGUGCAUAGGCUGCAUAAAUUCUGCUGUGUAAUAACCACUUGCUUGGUAAGUAGCGAGAGCUGCAGAAGAAGCAACCGUCAUCCCUUCCUCAGUCUGCAUCUUCUCUGGUUCCUGUCACAUGCUGAGAGUUUAUUCUAGAGAGAAAAGAAGUGUGGAAGGCACGUGGCUUAAUCAGUCAUUUCCUUUACUAUGUAGAUAUGUAUGUGGAUGUGUGUGUAAAUAUAUAAUUACAUAAAUAUGUAUAGAAAUACAGCCUAUGUAUUUGUGGGUACAUAUAUAUAUAUAGCCAGCGGUAUUAUCUAUAUACACCUUUUUUACCUGUAUAUAUUUAGUACUGUAUGCUUUAGAGUAUCAGUGCUGUAGGAAGCGAGAGACAAGAAAUGGCCAUAACACUAAUGUAAAGGGUCCAGUUACUGUCCCUAUUGCAUUCCGCAUAUUGCUCUUCCCUCCAGAUAUGACUCUACAUUGGCCAGGUACAUAUGCUUGAAAUUUGGGCAGUAGCUUAUGGGACUGUACUAUUCAGUGUUUCUUGAAUUAUUAUACAUUUUAUAAUAAUGUAUUUGCUGCCAUUAAGGCAUUUAAAGACCCUACAGCACCAAAGGGUUGAUAUACGUACCUGUUUACUUUUCAUUUAUUUCUGGGACAGACAGUUUUUGAAUACUGUAUUGCAUAGUAUCAUUGGCAUACAAUAUCGUUUUGCAUACUGUGUUUUAGUUGCUAAUUAAAGUUCACUUUGCUCGUGAUUUAACAGACUUACAUUUUCUUUUAACAAAUUCAAUUCAAUGCAGAGAAACCAGUGAAAAUAAAGACGCCAUCAUAAUAACCACAUUGCAAUGACUCAGAAUAUCUCUUAGGGUAGGAUCAUCAUUAAACUAUAGCUUUUAUUAAAGUCAAAAUCAUAAAGUUGAUGUAAUAUAACAUGAUAUGGGUGUGUGUCAGUCUGUUGUUGUAUAAGGCUUUAUUAAAUUUUUUUAUUGCUUC